AUGUCAAGAGCCAUCACCACCGACAGGGAAAAUCCCGACCAAGCUCAUCUAAGCACUAACAUACUAACCGUGGUAGAGAGUAUGAUAAUAAUAAGAUGGUUUCUCGUUAUAAUAAUGGCGAUGUCGCUGUUAGCUCUACCUCCGCCUCUGCUAACUCCCACUAUCAACAUGAUCUACCCCGAAGACAACAGGACCAGCUGUCCUAACGCUGAGAUGUCCUGCUUGUUGGACUUGAAGUUCCAUGAAUUGGACUCCAACUCUUCGAAGGAAAUAACAACGUACAGUGAGCAGUUUGGAAACCUACCUGAUGAGUGCAGGAAAGGUAAGUUCAGAAUUUUUCAAAUUACUGGGCGGCGCGAUGGUGUAAUGGCUAAGGUGCCUGGCAUUGUUGACGCAAUGUUCGUGUUCGAAUGCAAAAAUAUUCCCGCCUAUCACAUUCAAAAGUUAAUUUUUACAACGUCAAAGUUAAUCUUGACAAAGUCAAUAUUUCCCUAUAUAUACAGCAAGGAGCACUGA